AUGCCGAUGGGCGCCUUUGGGUGGUACACCGGCUGGAACAUCGUUGGCAUCUUCCUCGUGCUGUUUUCGCUCCCCGAAACCGAGGAGAAGACGCUCGAGGAGCUGAACGCCGUUUUCAACGUUUCGUUGAGGAAGUUGGCGCGCGGCCCUGGUCCCGCGGAGUCGAGUUUCACCUCGAACGACACCAGAAAGGUGGAAAACUAG